CAAACGGGUUGUGUGAGGAAGUUGCAGACCUAUCUGAAUUUGAGGGCGGUUGGGGACUUGAAUAAAUAGUCCCUAAAUCAUCUCCAUCACCAGCCAUUUUUCCAUCUGCAACUUUCUGGCUUGAUUGCAGCUGGAACUUUUCCCUCAUUUCCUAGUUGACCGCAAAAGAAAUGGUCUUGUGAUUUUCGAAUCUAGGAAGCGAAGCGAUUUUAAUCUGCAUUGUCGAUGGCGGUCAAGAAGAAUUUGUGGAGCUACGUUGUGCCAUGCUGUGGCGGGAAAGGAACCGAGCUCGGCAAGCCCAAGAAAGUGGUGUCCAAGCAGAGUUCCUUCCAAAGGAUUUCUUUGUCGGAUUUGAGCAACCCGAGCUUGACGCUCUCAGAAGACCUUUCCAUAUCUCUUGCAGGGUCGAACCUCCAUGUGUUCACCCUGCAGGAGCUCAAGCUGAUCACCCAGGGCUUCUCGUCAAGCAACUUUAUUGGUGAAGGGGGGUUCGGGCCUGUUCACAAGGGCUUCAUCGACGACAAGCUUAGGCCUGGCUUGAAGGUCCAGCCUGUGGCUGUCAAGCUCCUGGAUUUGGAUGGAUUGCAGGGUCAUAGAGAGUGGUUGACAGAAGUGAUAUUUCUCGGACAAUUGAGGCAUCCUCAUCUGGUGAAGCUGAUCGGUUAUUGCUGUGAAGAAGAACACCGGCUCCUAGUAUAUGAAUACAUGCCUCGUGGCAGUUUAGAGAAUCAACUAUUCAGAAGAUAUUCAGUUUCAUUGCCGUGGUCAGCGAGAAUGAAAAUUGCUCUGGGAGCAGCAAAGGGCCUGGCCUUCCUGCAUGAAGCAGAGAAACCGGUCAUAUACCGAGACUUCAAAGCCUCAAACAUCUUACUAGACUCGGAUUAUACUGCGAAGCUCUCAGACUUUGGACUAGCGAAAGAUGGCCCCGAAGGAGACGACACUCACGUUUCAACCCGGGUCAUGGGCACUCAGGGCUAUGCAGCUCCAGAAUACCUCAUGACCGGUCAUCUUACGGCGAUGAGCGAUGUGUACAGUUUCGGAGUAGUCCUGCUGGAGCUCCUGACGGGGAGGAAAUCCGUGGACAAAACCAGGCCUGCCCGGGAGCAGAAGCUGGCCGAGUGGGCCAGACCGAUGCUGCGAGACCCCAGGAAGCUGGGCCGGAUAAUGGACCCGAGGCUCGAGGGGCAGUACUCAGAGGCCGGGGCGAGGAAGGCGGCCGAAGUGGCGUACCAGUGCCUCAGCCACAGGCCAAAGCAGAGGCCUACGGUGGGGACCGUGGUGGAGACGCUUGAGCCGCUCCAGGACUUCAACGACCUCCCGAUGGGCACGUUCGUGUUCACAUUUCCUCCUGAUGGUGAUCUGAGCAAAAAGAGAGAGGCGAGGGAGAGUGACAAGCCGAGGCAAGCUAAGAGAGACCGCGGCCAUCAUCAUCGUCAUAAUCAAAGGCAUCACAGAAGUCCAUCUCCCAAGUCUGUGAUUCAGUCAGACACUGCUUUGGGACACAGAAGCCCUAGACAUGGGUUUGGUUCACCAUUGCACCAGAAAGGAUGAGAAGAAUAUGAUUGACUGAUUGAAGGGGCAGUGUAAAUAAUCACAAGGUUAUGUUCAAGAUGGUUUUGGAUGACAUAGAGUUGAUUGUAGGCUUGAAUCGUAAGGUUCUUCGUCGUCGUCUUCUUCUUCUUCUUCUUUUUUUUUUUUUGGGCCUCUUGGAGGGUUGCCCUAUUUCCAGUGAGCAAGGCUUAUUUUGUUCCCCAUUUUUUGAAUGAACAGACUGAUCGGUUGAUUCUUUAAUACAAGUAUAAUGUACAGAGUCAAGUGAGUGAAAAGAACUUGUACAUCACUCCAUACCAAUGUUGCUAUUGAGGUCUUUAGGACUAUAGAAGAAAUUAUAGAAAAGUCUAAAGUUUAUUGUACUUCUUAUGCUAAUUUAGUCUCA